CUAAACUAUAAUGUAACUAUAUAGAGGAUCCCAACAUGGUUGAACCAUGGCAAGUGAAUGUAUACUUGUUCCCUGUUACAAAAGGUUAUCUCGAGCUGUCUCCAUUGCAUGCUUACUUGGUUUCCUCGUACCUUUAAGCAUUUUAUCAAACACUUUGUCGGCAUUACCUCUUGAUUCCCAGAAAAAUAUUCAAUUGCCUCAAAUUUAUACCAUUGAAGUUGUCAAUGUCUAUCCUCAUGAUCCCAGGGCUUUUACCGAGGGACUUCUUUAUGGGGGAAACAACACACUUUAUGAAUCAACUGGUCUUUAUGGAAUGUCUACAGUGAGGAGAGUAACCCUGCAAACAGGAAAGGUUGAGGCACUUCAGACAAUGGAUUUAUCUUAUUUUGGGGAAGGAUUGACACUAGUUGAUGAAAGGUUGUAUCAACUGACUUAUGAGCAUAAUACUGGUUUCAUUCAUGACCGGAGCAAUUUAAGCAAAGUUCGUAACUCUGGAAACCCUUUUUUAUUCUGUUGGAAUUUAUCUUUUGAGCAUUCUUGUUCUCCUACGGGUCAUUUCUGUUUAGAUUUAGAUUUAUCUAGAGUUGGAAUGCUUCAAGAAGAUGAGCUCAUUGAUUUCUAUACCCUUCAGUCUCCCUGUUAUUCCAGGUGACUUCUUCCAUUGUUGUGUGCUCAAGUUAGAAUAAUUGAGGUCUAGUUGAGAACAAUACUUCAUUACAAAGUCCUUGGACUCUCAAGUGUUUCUCUGGAGAUUUAUUGCUUAUACAGUAAUGGAACUCUAGCUUGUGCAAAACUUAUAAGCGGCUGUGACUUAAUUCCUAGAGUGGCUAACCCAGUAAAAGGGACUCAGUGUAAGCAAAAGCAAUAUAUGGUAGUUGGGUUGAUUUUA